AAGAGAGUCCACCAAACUGGGAGGAGCGGACCCUAAAAAAACCAUUGAAAAGAAAAGCCGAAAACAGAGAGCUGAAAGUUUAGAAAGAUGGCUGAAGAUAACACAGUCGAAAUUCCUAGAGUUAAAUUGGGAAAUCAAGGACUUGAGGUCUCAAAAUUGGGUUUUGGGUGCAUGGGCCUGACUGGAGUCUACAACUCUCCUGUCGCUGAUGAGGAUGGAAUCUCGAUAAUCAAAGAUGCCUUCAGUAAAGGAAUCACUUUCUUUGACACAUCUGAUGUAUAUGGACCUCAUUUGAAUGAGGUUCUUGUUGGGAAGGCCUUGAAGCAGUUGCCAAGAGAAAAAAUUCAAUUAGCCACAAAGUUUGGCAUUACAGGAACCGUUGACCCUCCUACUAUUGUAAUCAAGGGUACUCCUGAGUAUGUCCGUUCAGCCUGCGAAGCUAGCUUGAAGCGUCUUGGUGUGGACUACAUUGAUCUGUAUUACCAACAUCGGGUGGACACUUCAGUGCCUAUAGAGGAAACUAUUGGUGAGCUGAAGAAACUGGUGGAAGAAGGGAAAGUAAAGUACAUCGGUUUAUCAGAAGCUAGCCCGGACACAAUAAGGAGGGCACAUGCAGUUCAUCCCAUCACAGCUGUACAAAUGGAGUGGUCUCUCUGGACUCGUGAUAUUGAGGAAGAGAUUAUUCCACUUUGCAGGGAGCUUGGCAUAGGUAUAGUUCCAUAUAGUCCUCUUGGUCGUGGGUUUUUUGGUGGCAAAGCAGUUUUGGAAAGUGUACCUGCAAAUAGCUUCUUGGCCUCAAAUCCUCGGUUCAUAGGCGAGAACUUGGAGAAGAACAAGAACAUUUACAAUCGAAUAGAAAGCCUUGCAAAAAAGCACCAAUCAUCUCCUGCUCAACUAGCACUAGCGUGGGUUCUCCACCAAGGAGAUGAUGUUGUGCCCAUCCCAGGGACAACAAAGAUUAAGAACCUGGAUGCAAACAUUGGCUCCUUGAGGGUGAAACUUGGAGAAGAGGACCUGAAAGAAGUUUCUGAUGCUGUCCCAAUCAACCAAGUAGCUGGUGAUAGAACUUACUCAGGCAUGACGCAUUUGCAAUGGAACUUUGCCAACACUCCUCCAAAAGUCUAAAGGAACUUUUGUAUUGAUAAGUUAAGUUGGAUUGUAUAAAGUUGAGUAACUGAACAACCAUGGGUACAUGCAUGAUACAUCCCAUUUGUAGUUCCGACUUCUGAGCAAACAUUUCUUCUAUUAAUAAAGAAAUGGGGUAAUUUAUUAA